UAUUUCAUUAUUUUCGUUUUUUUUUAUAAACUUGCAUUAAAAAUAUCGAUAAAUAUACAUCCUCUAUAUAAACCAUGCUUUUUAUUAACAGUCAGUUGAUUUUAGAUUGUUCAUGUGAUUAUUGUGAAUGUGAAUCGCGUAAAUAAAUCUUGUUUAUGGCCAGUUCGUUUGCUUACAGAUUGUUUGCGGUUAAUGGUACACUUUAUUAACCUCAUAAUUUAACUGCAUCUACAGCAUAAUGCAACAUAUUAAAGUUCACUGAUCAUCAUUAAUCAAUUAUGACAUUCAAAAUAUUAGACAUUGUGGCACUGUCUUGUUUCUCAAUAAAUUAUAUGUGAUAUUGCCAUCAUAUUGGCCAUGGAAAGUGUGAUAAGUUACAAUGAAAAGCCUACAGGCUCGCUCACUUUGGAUGAGGAAUAUGGCAUGGACAUGAACACGGGGGACUACUUCUUUACCUCCACCGAUAUCAACAAAUUCAUCUUCAAACAGUUCAAUUUUCAAGGAAAUGCGGAAGUGUUUGGCUGCUGCGUUAUGAUAUUUGCAAUAACUCUCGUUCUGGAGGCGGGAAAGGCGCUGCUGUUUUACCUCCAACUGCGCCUGCGCCAAAAUCCUCUCACAUACGGGGACACGGCGGAGACGUCGAUUCAGGACAACAGGAUCAAAUACCACGUAAGCGGGUACCUGCUACACACAUUAAAUCUCCUGUUGGGGUAUCUCCUCAUGUUGGCGGUGAUGACAUUUGACGCCUAUAUCUUUAUCGCGGUAAUCUUGGGAUCCGGUAUUGGCUACUUCGUGUUCGGAGCGAUCAACGAGAGAAAUAAAGCGAAAUUCUUAAACCUCAACAAAAGGUUAUACUCCAGAUAUUCGGCGACGGUGGGUGUGGCUAACAAGGUCAGCGUGAGUACGGGAAUCAGCUAGCGCUGAACGAGACGUGGACAAGAGCGUACCGAUAACAUUAAUGUGAACGCAGAAUUUGAAUUUCUUUGUAGUGAUUAUGCCAUCGAAUGUUUCCGGCUUUCACGUCUUUGCAAUACCGUUAAGCGGAAAACACUCAUUAAAAUCUAAAAAAAAAGCAAAUGUGCAUCAUGUGGAUUUCGCUUGAUAUCAAUGUCGAGAACCGUAGAACAAUAACGUCACUUUCAUGACGUAAUAAGAACGCAUGGUGGACGUGCGCGGCCUUGGCAACAACUUUUGACACAGUUUGCCAAAUACGUGGUCAGUAAACAUUAUUUGAAAUUGAGGUUUACGUGUAAAUUACAUACCGGUAAGUUUAUGUGUUGUUUGUUACUGAAUGUACCCUAUGUUAAUAUGACACAACAUUGUCGCUGCCUUUGAUGCGUUUAUGCGAACAUUAGUUGCGUGUAACUAACGUUUGGUUAUUAUUUAUGUAAUGUAUAAGUUUUGUUUUAUUCAAUAGAAAUGCAAUUGAUGCGUUAUUUAUUCUUUGAUCAUGUGUAAGUCUUUUGUGCUUGUUGUAUUCAUGUUUUGUUCAGUCGAAAAACCAUAUCUGCAUUUGAGUGUUGUUCUCAUUUGUAUCGUGUGUGUAUUUAUUAUGCAUCUAUAUGAAAAAUUGCGAACCCUUGCUGAUAACUGCGGUCUGUUACUCUGUUCAUACACAUGAACGUGUGCUUGUUCAAACUCUUAAUUGCAUUACUUGACAGUACAUUGUUGUUCAUAUGUGUUGAAUUGCUAGCAAUGUGUUAUUGCAUAAUACAUUCAAAUGUACCAAAGAAUUGUUAAUUAAGCUAUAAACACAUAUUCAAUGCAUGAACAAUAUCAUAUGUUCACAUGGUAUUUCAUGCUUUAAUCAAUGAGAAAUAAUUAACAUACAAUUCCUACAUACAUUUGUAUUUUUCAAACACAAAAGUGAAUAAGUCACACAUUGUUAUUCUCAUAAAACACAUGCCAUAUCACGUGCCUAGUUGACAAAGUCCUGAUUUAGAAAGGAGAAUUUUGAAAUUUAGUAUUUUAUUACAGAUAGCCUCCGGUUUCAAAAAUAUGGGUCUUGUUCUAUGAAAAUGGGGGUUAAAGCAUGUGCGGAAAGUGUCGUCCCAGAUUAGCCUGUGCAGUCCGCAUAGGCUAAUCAGGGACGACACUUUCCGCCUAAACUUGAUUUUUGGUAAGGAGGGACUUCCUUGAAACUAAAAAUACCAUAAAAGCGGAAAAUGUCGUCCCUGAUUAGCCUGUGCGGACUGCACAGGCUAAUCUGGGACGACACUUUACGCACAUGCAUUAAGCCCAGUUUUCUUAGAACGCGACUCAUAUUGCUAAUUGAAAUAAUUGCUCAAUUAAAAAUUGCUUUAAAAAAUGAAACUCUUAAAAAGUAUUUUUUUAGUGACAUAUUUUGCUUACUAUUUAUCUUUAGGUUUCUUUUUACGUUAUAUAGGAUUAUGUCUCUGUCGUAAAUCUUCAUAAUGAUACUGCAUCCUACGUACUUACCAAGAGUUGUUAGUGUGUAAAUGUUUAUAGAAAUUUGUUUCAAAAUCCAAACAUAAUGGAUUUUCUAAUAAACAAACACGUGUUUUUAUGUCGAAUACUCGUUAUUGGGGCUAAUAAGAACGCAUGUAACUUAUUUUGUAUGUGAGUGUACCUGUAGUACAUUCGCAGUUACCUUACGGGUUUGAGGUACACCUCACCGGAACAGUUUAUCAAAUAUCGACUGGUACAAAUUAAAGCAAUCCGGAAUACGUAUACCGACUUUUCAGACACCAGUUGGCAGUUGUCGUUAAUAAUUGUUGUUCCGUCAUAUUUAAAUGCGUUUUUGUUGUCGUGUUGAAUCGAUUCAAAUUGUAUUUCUGAAAUAAGAAACUUUUUAAAACCGUAGUUAAAUUGCCGUUACACAAAAUU